AUGCUGAGCCUUGCCUCGCAAAACGCACCAAACAAGGAGGAGUACAAGAAGAAGAAGGGUGCACUUUACACGGUUUCAGCUGUUGCUAGACAGCGUUGGAGGCAGUUCAAGCUUUCGGUUAUUCCGUUUGGCUCUUCCGUGACGGGACUCUGCGAAGGAAGUUCCGAUGUGGAUAUGGUGUUGUUUUUUCCAGAAGCUUGCCCAACCCCUCAUCAGGCGCUUCGUCGACUGCGGAAAGCGUUCAUGUCUCGACCCGACGUGAAGGUCUCCCUGGCUCUGCUGAGCGAGAAAACCAAGAGGCCACUUUUGUGUUUGGAUAUCCGGGGCGUGCGCUGUGAUCUUACGUGCCAGAAUGUGCUGCCAGUAUUUAACACGGCAUUGCUUCGAAGCUACGUCGAUCUUCUGCCUGAAAUCCCGGUGCUGUCCAUGGUCAUCAAGCGCUGGGCAAAGGCCUGCAAGAUUGGACAGGUACAAUCUGGAGCAAUUUCAUCUUACGCCUGGACGCUCAUGACGGUGUACUACCUUCAGGUCUGUCACGGCUUGCCUUCUCUUCACAUCUUGUGUCCAACCGGAGAUCUGCGUGCAGAAGGAACGGAGCCGACCAAGACCUUUGCCCUUGGUUUUGUGCAGAAUGCACAGAAGCAAGAACUGAAGCGUUGCCUGGGAGAUUUGCUGGGUGGCUUUUUUGAGUUUUUCUCGGAGCAGUUCGACUGGGGCAAUGAGGUGGUAUCCGUGAGAUUGGGGAAGCGAUUGCCAGCUAAAGACCCUGAGUUCUCGAUCCUGCCAAGGAAGCAGUUCAGAGGAUUCCGUGACAUCCUGAAGAUUGAAGACCCCAUUGAGAUCAGUCGCAACCUAAAUUUUGCAUUGUCAGAGAGGUCUUCGCGUCGGAUACGUGAACUGAUUUCGGGUGCCUGCAUUACGUUGAAGGGGGGGGGAUCUCUCGCAGAUCUCCUUCGGAGCCAGAAUGAAAUCGCCAUCAGUAAUUGUACGGCAGUGCAGGAGCAGUUUGCCAACUUCUCGCUUUAUCGUUUGCCUCCUGGUCGCACAGCUCGGUCGAUAACCAGAAGUCAGACGUCCGAAGCCAGGCAUCGCUGCCAGGAGUGCUUCCGCUGGCUUCCGAACAUGACCAGCCUGCAGCAACACCAGCAGGCCACCAAUCACUCGGGUAGCCUCCUCUUACGCUCCGUCCAGCCGGCAGCCGGCAUUUCCGGCAUUGCCGGCAUGCGUUCGCUUAGCUUCCAGGAGUUCCUGAAGUCCAAAAAGGAAGACACCGGUCGGGAGGCCAUGGGCCCACAAAAGAAGGUCAUGCGAAAUGAACUGGGUGAAGAGGUUGUGACAAGCAACGAAGACAUGCUAGCCGAAGCCGUUCGCGAUGGAACCUUGAAGGGCUUGGGGUUCGCAUCGCACCGUGAUGCCAAGCUGGAAAGAAUAAAAGUACAAGCUCUUGGAACUGAAAGUGAGCUCAAGGGUCUGAAGGAGCUUCCCAAGGAGCCGCUGAAAGGUGAGAUCAUGAAGUUGGAAGUGAAGGCAGAGGUGUAUUGCAAUGCCCACUUGGACCAGGUUUGUCGGAGCGAAACAAUCUUCAAGAGGUCAGCCUGGAAAGCAGACAUGAUCAACUUCUUGAUUCUCGCGGUGUCUGGCGAUGAUCGGAAGCAUCGCUGGCUGGGCUCUGGCGCCAAGUCGGCGCCGCUUCGGUCCCUCGUGCAAGAGUGGGCGCGAGCCCACAACGUCUCGGAGACGGGCGUAGCUCUGGAGAAGGACGGGGUCGAUCUUGAUCUGAGCAGAUCCGCCAGCGACUAUGCGUGGGAGAUGGACGAGGUGGAACUGUAUUCGUGGCCGACGAGGCAAGAGUACAUGGCACCGGAGGACAAGACCCUUGAGCCGAUAAGGAUGGAAGGUGCCCAAAGUACUGCAUCUUCGCUCAUGCAGGUGUCCAGCUCCACAAGGGAAAGACUGGAAAGUCGCUCCAAGAAAGCAGAAGAGAAGCCAGCGCAGGUCAAGUCCAAGCCCGAGACAAAGAAAGCUCCAGGUGCGGUCAAGCCGAAGCCCAAAGCUCGCUCAAGCGGCUUCAAAACUGCAGGUGCUGGGGACAAGGAGCCUCUUCCGAGCCCUGACGAGGAGAUCGAGUUUGUUCAGCAGAACCCCAAGAAGGCAGGCGGGAAGGGCUUCGAUCGCUACGAGCUGUACAAGAAGGCCAAAACCAUCGCUGAGGCCAUGGCGCUCGGGGCCGCCAAAGGGGACAUCCUCUUUGACUGGGAGCGCAAGUGGUUCAGACGAAAGUAA